AAAAAUGACUACAAUGUCAGAAGUGAAACUAAAUAGCGAGUCAACGGAGCAAAUCCUCCGUUAUACCAUAGUAUUUUUAGUGACUUACGUCGGGUUUCUAUAUAUGAAACAUAGACAAUCUAGACUUUACAAACUGGGCAACAAGUUACCGGGUCCAUUGGCAGUGCCAUUUAUUGGCAAUGCUCUUUUAGCACUUGGGAUUAAAACAUCAGGUGUGGUAGCCGUAGGCCUAAAGUAUGGUGAUAAAUAUGGAAAUGUGAUUCGCGGUUGGCUUGGUACAAGGCUCUUUAUAUUCCUUACCCGCGCUGAAGAUGUUGAGGUUAUCCUAUCUAGCCAAGAACACAUUGAUAAGUCAAGUGAAUAUGAUUUAUUCCAACAGUGGCUCGGUGGCGGCAUACUUAUAAGCAAAGGUGAAAAAUGGCGAUCUGACAGAAAAAUGAUUGCACCGACUUUCCACAUGAACGUACUGAAAUCAUUUGUAUCAGUAUUUAAUGAGAAAUCGAAGGAUCUAGUAGAGCAGCUAAGAUCCGAAGUCGGAAAGACGUUUGACAUCCACGACAACAUCAGCGCCACAUCAGUUAAUAUACUUCUUGAAACCGUCAUGGGUAUAAAUAGAAAAACUGAUACUAAAUCCGGAUAUGAUUAUGCAAUGGCUGUUAUGAAAAUGUGCGAUAUAAUACAUCAAAGACAUUACAAAUUAUGGUUACGGCUUGAUUUAACAUUUAGAUUCACAAAGCUAUUUAAAAAGCAAUUUGAACUACUAAAUAUAAUACAUGGACUUACAAAGCAGGUAAUUAAAACAAAAAAAGAAACAUAUGUAAGUAAUAAAGCUAAUGACGCCAAGUCAGCCCCAAUAGAAGGAUUAGUAAAACCAAACGAUUACAAACAUCAGGAAGAGAAUACUGGAACUGUUUCUGACGACAUUUUCAAACAUUUUAAAGAUGAUUUAGAUUUUUAUGAUGAAAAUGACGUAGGAGAAAAGAAACGUCUAGCCUUCCUUGAUUUAAUGUUGGAAGCCAAUCAUAAUGGAACAAAUAAUUUCUCAGACAAAGAUAUCAAAGAUCAAGUGAAUACUAUAAUGUUCGCUGGUCACGACACAGUAGCAGCGAGUGCCAGUUUCAUCUUAACCUUGUUGGGUGGUCAUCAAACUAUUCAAGAUGAAGUCUAUAGAGAACUAUUUGAAAUAUUUGGAGACACGGAUCGUCCAGCCACAUUUACUGAUACAAUCCAUAUGAAAUACCUCGAAAGAGUGAUCCUUGAAUCUUUGCGAUUGUUCCCACCAGUACCGGCUAUUGCUAGACACUUAAAUCAUGACGUUACUAUAAAAACAAACAACUACGUAUUGCCAGCAAAUGCAACGGUCGUAAUUAUACCAUAUAAAUUACAUCGCGAUCCAGAAGUAUACAAAAACCCGGAUAAGUUUGAUCCUGACAAUUUUCUGCCUGAGCAUACACAGCGUAGACAUUACUACAGCUUUAUACCUUUUAGCGCAGGUCCUAGAAGUUGCAUUGGUCGUAAAUAUGGCAUGCUAAAGUUAAAAGUGUUAAUAUCAACAAUACUAAGAAAUUACAAGAUUACAUCAAAAGUGCCACAUGAAGACUGUCUCCAGGCUGAUAUUAUUCUAAAGAUAUCAGAUGGAUUCAAAAUUAAUAUUGAACCAAGAAAAAGAAUUAUACCUAAAUUACUGGUUCACAAAUUAAUAAAUUUAGAUAUAAAAUUAACUCCAGUACUAUUUAAAAUAAAUAACGCUAAAAUAAAUAAAAACAAGAUUUUAUUAGUCAUAUAUUCUAUUUGUCAUACAUAUAAAGAUACUUUUGAAUUAAUAAAACGCGGAGCUCAAGUCACGUGUUUCCUCUUUUCUAGCACAAUGUCGCUGACAAUAGAAGAAGAGAAGCCUUAUCAAUAUGAUGUCAAUCGACUCGUUUUUUAUACUCUUGUUGCCAUCACAUCUGUGUUAUGGUUACUGUAUCGAAGGCAUCAGCAGUCAAAAAUAUACAAAUUAGGCAAUAAGAUCCCAGGACCCAGCCCGUUGCCGUUAUUUGGCAACUCUUUAUUAGUACUUGGAAUGAAACCUUCCGAAUUAAUGCAAUUUGCACUAAAACUUUCAAAAAAAUACAUAUCCGUCAGUCGUGUGUGGGUCGGUUCCAAACUGGUCAUUUUUCUCAGUGAGCCUGAUGAUGUCGAAGUCAUUCUUAACAGCCACAUCCAUAUAGACAAGUCAUCAGAGUACAGAUUUUUUGAGCCAUGGCUUGGCGAGGGUCUCCUGAUUAGUUCGGGUGAAAAGUGGCGAUCUCAUCGUAAAAUGAUUGCCCCGACGUUCCAUAUAAAUAUCCUGAAAUCAUUUGUAGGCACGUUUAAUGAAAAUAGUAGAAACGUGGUUGAAAAAAUGCGAUCGGAAAUUGGUAAAACAUUUGAUGUACACAACUACAUGAGCGGUGUCACUGUGGAUAUUUUACUUGAAACCGCUAUGGGAAUUACAAGAAACACCCAAGACAAAUCUGGUUUUGACUACGCUAUGGCGGUUAUGAAAAUGUGCGAUAUUAUUCACCAGAGGCAUUACACAUUUUGGAUGCGUUUCGAUUCUAUAUUCAAACUUAGUUCCUUUUUUAAACAACAAACUAAAUUACUUAGUAUUAUCCAUGGGCUUACUAAUAAGGUAAUUAAAGAAAAAAAGGAGUUGUAUAUUGAAAAUAAAGCCAGAGGUAUCCUGCCGCCUACUUUAGAAGAAUUAACACGGUCAAAUAGUAACGAAGCAUAUACUAAUGCUAAAAGUAUUGCUGAUAACGUAUUCGAAGGAUACCGUGAUGAUUUAGAUUUCAAUGAUGAAAAUGACGUUGGCAUAAAGAAACGUUUAGCAUUCUUGGACCUUAUGAUAGAGUCUGCACAAAAUGGUACAAAUAAUAUAACAGAUCAUGAAAUAAAGGAUGAAGUGGACACCAUAAUGUUUGAAGGCCACGAUACAACGGCAGCUGGUUCCAGUUUUGUUUUAUCUCUCCUUGGCAUUCAUAGAGAGGUCCAAAAAAAAGUUUACGACGAACUAUAUGACAUUUUUGGUGACUCUGAUCGACCAGCCACUUUUGGUGAUACUCUUAAUAUGAAAUAUUUAGAGAGAGUUAUCCUGGAGUCUUUGAGGCUAUACCCACCAGUCCCAAUGAUUGCUAGGAAAUUGAAUCGCGAUGUUAAAAUAGUUACCAAUGAUUAUAUACUGCCAGCUGGUUCUACAGUUGUAAUAGGCACGUACAAAAUACACCGUUCUCCAGCCCACUACAAAAACCCCGAGAAGUUUAAUCCUGAUAACUUUUUACCAGAGAAUACACAGAACAGGCACUACUAUAGCUUUAUACCAUUUAGUGCCGGACCAAGAAGCUGCGUUGGUCGCAAAUAUGCUAUAUUGAAACUUAAGGUAUUGUUGUCGACGAUACUGCGUAACUUCAAGGUGAUAUCUGAUAUCUCAGAAGAUCAAUUCAUACUGCAAGGGGAUAUCAUACUUAAGAGAACAGAUGGUUUUAUGAUUAAGAUAGAGCCUAGAAAGAAAGUUCCAUCUACGGCCUGAUAUUUUAAUUGAAUUAAACUUUUACUUAGAAUGACUGAUAAACAUUAUUAGCUAUAUCAAGAAUAUAGAACUUUCUUUAAUAUUUCUAUAAUUCGCUCAGAAAAUGAAAAAUGCCUAAUUAGAAGUAGUACUAUAAGCAGCAUGGCCAUUGGCUCUAACACAUGAACAUAAAAAGAGAGUAUGAAUCGUGAAAGUGUUUGUAUGUGAUAAGUAAAAUAAAUAUUGGUAUAAUCUGAAAUUACUGAACCUGUGUAACAAAAUAACGAUUUGAUAGUAUCCAAUUUAGAUACGAGUGAUUACCUACCCAUUACCUUAUAUACUACCCUACAUAUUUAUUUCAUCAAAGUGAAGUACUACCGACAGCAAAUAA